AUGCGCACGCGAUGUUGGAGCUUGCAAAUGUUCUACCCCCAUCGCGCGUGGAUCAUGCUGGUCUACGCCAUCCUGCUGUCGCUAUGGCUGACGCUAGCGCAUGGGAUGCGAGACUACCAGAUCAAAGAGCUUAGACAAGAAACUGAGCGCAUGUUCUACCACGGCUAUGAAAAUUACCUCGAGCAUGCUUUCCCUGACGACGAACUACGUCCGUUGACCUGUGGCCCCUUGACGCGUGAUAAUAAGAAUUCGGAGCAUAACGAUGUCCUCGGCAAUUACUCCUUGACCUUGAUCGAUAGUCUGUCGACCCUGGCUAUUCUCUCGUCCAGUCCAGAGAGUGGCGAUCGAGCGCUCAGGAGUUUCCAGGAUGGUGUGAAGGAAUUUGUUAGACUAUAUGGAGAUGGCUCCAGUGGUCCUGCUGGUCAGGGCGAGCGGGCAAGGGGAUUCGAUAUUGAUAGUAAGGUACAGGUGUUUGAGACUGUGAUUCGAGGGUUGGGUGGUCUGCUCAGCUCGCAUCUGUUCGCUGUCGGCGAAUUGCCCAUAACCGGAUACAACCCACCAGAAGAAGAAUAUGGGAUAACGACUUUGUCUAUGACGGCCAAUUCCUUCGGUUGGCAGUCGACCUUACACAUCGUCUCCUACCCGCAUUCUACACGGGUACGGGUCUCCCCUUACCCACGAGUCAAUCUGCGGCAUGGUAUUCCAUUCUAUGAGAAUUCGCCAUUGAAUACCAAACCCAGCAAAGGAAACGAGCAAAAGUCAAAGUACGCCUAUAUGAAGGCUGAGGAGGAGAUUACCGAGACCUGCAGUGCAGGUGCUGGUAGCUUGGUCCUUGAGUUCACCGUCCUGAGCAGGCUCACUGGGGAUGGUCGGUAUGAAGAAUUGGCCAAGCGGGCUUUCUGGGCCGUUUGGUCCUACCGCAGCGAGAUUGGGUUGAUUGGAUUUGGAAUUGACGCGGAGUCGGGGAAGUGGGUGGAACCGUACACCGGGAUUGGUGCUGGAAUUGACAGCUUCUACGAGUAUGCGUUCAAGUCCCAUGUUCUCCUUUCUGAGGGAGAGCGACCACCUUUUGACCCAAACAAUCCAUGGAGCGUCUUGGACGGGUAUUACCCGCCUUUAACUCAGGAUCAACACUCGCCUGAUGCCUUUCUUCAAGUCUGGGAAGACUCACACACGUCAAUCAAUCGCCACCUUUACCGUGGCGAGGGUUAUCAACAUCCCCAUCUAAUCGUUGGCGAUGUGAUCACCGGUGCUACACGAGCCUUUUGGAUUGACAGCCUGAGUGCCUACUAUCCAGGCCUUUUAGCUUUGGACGGCAAAAUCGAUGAAGCAAUCCAAAUCCACCUGCUGACCACUGCCGUUUGGACGCGGUUCUCGGGUCUUCCGGAACGGUGGAAUGUGGCUACGGGUGAGAUCGAUGGCGGCCUGUCCUGGUACGGAGGCCGGCCAGAAUUCAUCGAGUCCACUUACUACAUUUACCGAGCUACUCAAGAUCCAUGGUAUCUCCAUGUUGGUGAGAUGGUACUUCGCGACCUUAAGCGGCGAUGCUGGACCAAGUGCGGCUGGGCUGGUCUGCGGGAUGUCAAGACCGGCGAGAUGAUUGACCGUAUGGAAAGCUUCUUCUUGGGAGAGACUGCCAAGUACAUGUUCUUGCUCUUUUCCCCGGAUCAUCCACUGAACAAAGUUGAUGCACCGUGGGUGUUCACUACCGAGGGCCAUCCUUUGAUCAUUCCGAAGAAGACAUCCUCCCCCAGGUCAAAUCGUCGACCCAGUCAUCGGCUCACCCACGAGCAGCAAUUGGCGUCUCCUCAAGACUCUCCUACCAAUACCUGUCAAGCGCUCCCGAUAUCGUCGUCCCUCGGCGUGUCAUUCACUGCUUCGCGAUCCGAUAUCUUCCAUGCCGCCAGCUUGGCCCGGCUACAUCUUCGACCUCACCGUGGCACGGGCGAAGGUGCCAUUCUGGCAGACUCGCCAGAUCACCCCAGCGUGUCAGUGUCCGACCUGUCGUCGCCAACGAACUAUACGUUCUACCCAUGGACUCUACCACCCCAACUCGUCCCCUUCAAUGGCACCAGCGCACCCAUGGCUAUCCGUCCAACCCUGGAUAUCUCCUUCCCCUCUCUCCCGGGCGGCGCCAAUCUCGGCUUCGGCGCUCUCGAGCGUGUGCGCGACGGCAUCUUCGUAAAGACUAUCGGCGGCCUCCGGCUAAGCAUGAUCCAGGACGUCCCACUAAUCGGACAGACCUCCGGCACAGGGACCCGCGAAGACGAAGACGGGUAUCGCGUGCAGGUGAUCAACAACGUGCCGCUGGGCAAGGAUGAGAAGGUAUACCUCUCUCGCCAGAUCACCUUUGACGUCGUUGAUCCAUCCGACCCGAACUUCACCCGGGUCCGCGACUCCGCAGUGCUAGACCUCGUCAUUGACGUUCUCGCAGACCCCUCUCGCCGCCGCAAUGGCUCAACUGCUUCGCGAGCUGGCCAGCCUGCAGCAGAACAUGCACCACAAGAAAAUAGCCCCCGCCCCCGAGCUGCACCAGCACCAGCACCCAACGAGAGCGGGGCCGCCAUCCACGCCCCCGACUCCACGAUGAAGAACAUGCUGUCGAACCUGCUCAGCUCCGUCUCCGCGUUGAUCAGAGAUGAUCCCGAUGAAGCGGCUCCGCUGCGCCUCAGUCUGCCUGCGAGUAUACCAACGGGCGUCGGGGCCGCCCCACUCCCAGACGUCGAGGACGCCUUGACCAUGUCGGUCUUCGGCAACCCGUCCACCAGCCGUCUAUCCUGGUCAAGCAUCUACUUUGCCGACGAGCUCUGCACGGAGCGUAUCCUUCGCGACAUCGCCCAAACCCACGAAGUCCUCGUCAUCAAACGCGGCGGCUGCACUUUUUCCCAGAAAAUGCGCAACAUCGCCGCAUUUCGACCGGGACGGACAUCCCUAAAGCUCGUCAUCGUAGUCUCAUACGACGAAGAGCAGCCCCCAAAUCCCCAACCAGAUCAGGAGCCUCGUGAACAACCAGCCUCAAACUCGGACGACGACUCACUCCCAAUAGCACCCCUCGCCGCCCUCCGCGCCGAAAGCUCCCUGAUCCGCCCACACCUCGACGAAGCCCAGAUGACCGCCAGCGGUAUCCCGCGCAACAACCCGCUUAGCAUGGUGAUGGUAGGCGGGGGCGAGGAAACGUAUGCGCUGCUGCAGGUUGCAUCGGGGGUGGGGAUUAAGAGGCGGUUUACUAUGCGCUCGCGGGGCGUGCCUAUUACGAAUCUGUACAUCAUUUAA